GAUGGUUGCUAAAAGGCUAAAGCUAGGCUAACUAGCUGCAACUUUGUGAUAUGUUGUUAAAUGUAAACCAACUCUUUAUGAAGGUGCCUCCUAAGUGAUUUGAUCAUGGAGUUAAGAAAUAUCAAGGACCAGUCUCCACUGGUUCAGGCCAUAUUCAGCCAAAACGCUGAAGAUGUGACGUUUUUGUUGGAGCACAAUGAAGAUGUCAAUGCACAGGACCAAGAACAAAGCACACCCCUUCAUGCUGCUGCUUAUUUGGGCAAUGUUCACAUUAUGGAAAUACUUAUGAGUUCAGGUGCACAUGUCAAUGCCAAGGACCAGGGCAUGCUUACACCUUUACAUCGAGCAGCAGCUUCACGAAAUGAAAAGGCUGUGGAGCUGCUGCUGAAGCACAAAGCAGAAGUCAAUGCUCGGGACAAAUUCUGGCAGAGCCCUUUACACAUGGCGGCUGUGAACUGGGCCACAGGUUGUUCUGCAGCUCUGAUCCCACAUGUAUGCAGUCUGGAUGUUACUGACAGAGCAGGAAGGACGCCGUUACAUCACGCAGCGCACAGCGGCCACACAGAGAUGGUGAACUUGUUCCUGCGUAAAGGGGCCAGUUCAAACGCCAAAGAUAAGAAGGAAAGACAACCACUUCACUGGGCUGCACACCUCGGUCACUUGGACAUCGUGAAGCUGCUGGUGUCUCACAGUGGGGACAUGAUGUGCAAGGACAAGCGGGGUUACACUCCACUUCACGUUGCUGCUGCGAGCGGACAGUUAGACGUGGUCAAGUUUCUGUUGAGACUGAAGGUGGAGACUGAUGAACCCAACAUUUUUGGGAACACUGCACUCCACAUGGCCUGUCACACAGGACAAGACCUGGUCGCCACUGAGUUAUUGAACUGCAGAGCCAGUAUAAACCAGCCCAACCAUCAUGGUGACACGCCGCUGCACCUGGCCGCCGCCUCCUCCAGCGGCGCCUUGUGUCUUGAGSUGCUCGUCCACCACGGUGCUGACGUCAACAAGCAGAAUAAAGAAGGAAAGAGCCCUUUACACAUGGCUGCAAUGCACGGAUGCUUCACAGGCUCCCAGGUUCUGAUCCAAAGAGGUGGGGAGAUCGACUGUGUCGACAUAUAUGGAAACACUCCACUUCACGUCGCUGCCAGAUACGGUCAGGAGUUACUGGUCAGUCUUCUGCUGGCACACGGUGCUGACAGAGGCAGACAGGGCGUUCAUGGGAUGCUUCCACUGCAUUUGGCUGCUCUCUAUUGUUUUCCUGAAUGUUGUCACAUGUUACUUUCUAASGGCCAGUUUUACAACAUUGUGCCAGCUCCGGCAGCUGAGCAAACCCAAACAGACUUUGACAUAAACACGUCUGACGAUCAUGGCAGGACCUGCCUGCAUGCAGCUGCUUCUGGAGGAAAUGUUGAGUGUCUCAAUUUGCUCUUAAAUAGUGYCGCUGAACUGGAUUUAAAGGACAAUUUGGGAAGAUCUCCUCUUCACUACGCUGCAGCCAACGGGAACAGCCAGUGCACCAUUUCRCUGGUGAGAGCCGGAGCGGAGGUCAAUGAGGCGGACCUGACAGGCUGCAGCCCUCUGCACUACGCCGCUGCUUCACACACCUUCUGUCGAGAGGGAGCAAACUAUGAAACAAACCUCAGCAUGGAAAAGGAACACGAAGCCUUUCUGUGUUUGGACUAUUUGCUGGACAACGGGGCAAACCCAACGUUGAAGAACAGUCGGGGUUACAGUGCUGUUCACUACGCAGCAGCCUACGGGAACAAACAGCAUCUAGAACUGCUUUUGGAAAUUUCUUUUAAUUGCCUCGAAGAGGUUGAAAGUAAUAUUCCUGUCAGUCCUCUGCACUUAGCCGCGUAUUAUGGCCACUGUGAGGCGCUGCAUUUACUGUGUGAGACGUUGGUGAGUCUGGACGUGCGGGACGUCAAGGGUCAAACUGCGCUCCACCUGGCCGCUCGCAGAGGGUUUUCUAAAUGUGUGGAGGUUCUGCUGCAGCAUCAAGCCUCCUACUCACUGAAGGAGCACAGGCACAGGUGGACGGCUCUGCACGCUGCAGCUGCGGAGGGACAAGUGGACUGUUUGCUUUUGUUGGUCAACAAGGAGCACAGUGUGGACAUCAUUGACAGUCCGGACACACGGGGACAGACGGCUCUCAUGCUCGCUGCUUUGGGACGUCACACCGACUGCGUCUACAUCCUCCUGGAGAAAAACGCCAACGUCGAUGCUGCAGAUAAACACGGUUUUACUGCCCUGCACAGAGCCGCGAUGUUGGGCAGUGAGGACUGCGUGUCCGCUCUGUUGGAACACGGCGCCUCCGUCCUGUGCAGAGACUCUCAGGGAAAGACGCCGCUCCACCUCGCAGCCGCCUGCGGCCACACCAAGCUGCUCCACACUUUACUGAAGGCUGCGAGGAAAGCCGACCCUCUGGACUCCUUGUUGGACUUCCGGGGCUUCACACCCACACACUGGGCUGCGUACCACGGACAUGAAGGUUGUUUACAAGUUUUGCUUGAAAACAAACUUUUUAGCAACCGGGAAGGAAAUCUUUUCACUCCARUGCACUGCGCUUUAAUCAGUGGACAUGAUGCUGCUGCUGAGCUUCUAGUGAAGACCAUCGGUCCUCAGAUUGUCCAUGUUAGUGAUGCCAAAGGAAGGAAGCCGCUGCACGCAGCAGCUUAUUCAGGGAGUGUGGCUGGGCUCCAGCUGGUCCUGGUCCGGGGAGCAGAACUCAACAGUGUGGAUCAGUUCGGUUGUUCUGCUCUCAUGGUCGCAGCGGGCUGUGGACAGACUGCAAGUGUUGAGUUUUUGCUGCACAAGACGAAGCCAGACCUGAGCCUGGUGGAUGUUAAUAACAACACAGCACUUCACUUAGCCUGCAGCAAGGGUCAUGAGAUGUGUGCUCUGCUGAUCUUAACAGAGAUCACAGAUUCCUCCCUCAUCGAUGCAAGAAACAGUUCUCUCCAGAUGCCCCUUCACAUUGCAGCAAGAAAAGGCUUGGCCACAGUGGUGCAGGUCUUACUGAGCCGAGGGGCAGCGGUCAUGGCUGUGGACGAGGACGGUCACACACCAGCUCUGGCCUGCGCCUCCAACAAAAAUGUGGCGGAUUGCCUGGCCCUGAUCCUCUCCACCAUGAGGCCUUUCCCUCCCAGAGAGGCCGAGACCACCACAGCUUCUCACUUCAGCCCCGUGCUGAAGAACUGCGGCAUCGCCUCUGCCUGCAAGUCCAACGGCAACUUGUGUCACGCCUGAGCUAAAGACUGUCUGUGUGGAGGAGUGAAGCUUGAUCAGAAUUUAGCCUCUUAAAUCUAGUCUUACACGUGGCUAAAAUGAGCAGAUCUUUCAGAUAAUGUUUCUGCCAUGAGUUAUGAAGUAUUUAUCUUUAGAAAUGAAUGAAGUUAUAAUGUGAGCACACUACACAAAGCUUACUUGAACCAGGUCCAAAGUCAGUAUUAGCAUUUGUAAAAGCUUUUUAAAGGUGAGUUUAGAGAUUCUUUUGAACCUGAGCUCCUUUUCUCCUUGUUAAGAUGUAAAUUAUUUGUUGCUUGACAAGAGUUGACGUCCCAACACUAAAUAACACCAGGUAGUGUGUCAAU